AUGUCGUCUGAAGAAACCGAUUCUGAAGACAGCAGGAAUUCACAAAGCGAUGUCAGUUCUUUGGAUGAUGAUUUUGCUAGAAUGCAAUUUGAAUCAUCAAGUUCCGAGGAAGAAAUUUCUGAUGAUGACCGUGAUUCACAAGUUUGGAAUGAAAUAGAAUCAGAAUCGGAUGCUGAAUUUCAGGAGGAUCAUGGAAUUGUCGAAGAAGUACCGACAACUUCAGAAGAUAAUACAAUCAAUCCUAUUGAUUGCUAUCGACAUUUCAUUACCGACGAAAUUGUUAGCCUCAUGGUGCAUGAAACUAAUCGAUAUGCAGAACAACAUUUACAAACCAAGGAGCUUAGCAAACGAUCACAAACUCUUCAAUGGAAAUCAACUACUAAUGAAGAGAUGCUUCAAUUUUUGGGAGUUGUUAUUCAGAUGGGAUUGGUACAAAUACCGAAAGUGGAUUACUAUUGGAGCAAAAGCAAGUUGUAUGGAUCCGCAGUCAUUCAAAAUACAAUGUCAAGAGAUAGAUUUGAAUUACUUCUCAAAUUUUAUCAUUUUUCUAACAAUGAAAAGAAGCAUGCAGACCAGGGUGAGGGGUGUGAGGGUGAGGGUGAGGGUGGCGGGUGUGAGGGUGGGGUGUGGGGUGAGGGUGAGGAUGUGGGUGAAAAUCAGCUGGGCGACUGGGUGUUGGUGGGAAUGUAA